AUGAGUGGUGCAGCCUUGGGCCUUGAGAUUGUAUUUGUCUUUUUUCUGGCCUUUUUCCUACUUCAUCGAUAUGGAGACUUCAAGAAACAGCAUAGGCUGGUGAUCAUUGCAACAUUACUGGCUUGGUAUCUCUGCUUUCUAAUUGUGUUUAUACUGCCUUUGGAUGUCAGUACGACAAUUUAUAAUCGAUGCAAGCUUGCUGUUAACUCCAGCCCUGCAGAAAGUAAUGGCUCUUUUGUUACUCUUGCUCCAAGCAAGCAGAAAUGUUUCAAACCAUGGAGUUAUAUCCCUAAUGGAAUUAUGCCAAUUUUUUGGCGUGUUGUAUACUGGACAUCACAGUUUUUAACGUGGAUUCUGCUACCUUUCAUGCAGUCAUAUGCUAGGUCAGGAGGGUUCUCCAUUACUGGAAAGAUUAAAACUGCACUGAUUGAGAAUGCAAUCUAUUAUGGCACUUAUUUGCUGAUUUUUGGAGCAUUUUUAAUAUACGUUGCUGUGAACCCAAAGUUCAAUUUACAAUGGAAUCAACUUCAGACUAUUGGGAUAGCUGCUGCAAACACAUGGGGUCUCUUUCUUCUUGUGUUGCUUUUGGGCUAUGGUCUGGUGGAAAUUCCCCGUUCUCACUGGAAUGGGGCUAAGCGGGGUUAUCUUCUCAUGAAGACCUAUUUCAAAGCUGCCAAACUGAUGACUGAAAAAGCAGAUGCAGAGGAGAAUUUAGAGGAUAUUAUGGAGGAAGUUCGUAAAGUAAGUGAGAGUAUCAAGUAUAAUCAUCCUUUGAGAAAAUGUGUUGACACAAUACUGAAAAAGUGUCCUACUGAGUACCAGGAAAGAAUGGGUAGGAACAUGGAUGAUUAUGAGGAUUUUGAUGAGAGACAGAACAGUUACCCAAGUGAAAAAAGUUUGGUCAAACUUCACAAGCAGGUAAUUUAUUCAGUACAAAGGCAUCGUCGUACACAGGUUCAGUGGCAAAUUCUUUUAGAACAAGCCUUUUACCUGGAAGAUGUGGCAAAAAAUGAAACUAGUGCAACUCGACAGUUUGUUCAUACUUUUCAGUCCCAGGAACCAGAGAAUAAAAUUAUUCAGUAUUUCUACACACCAACUAUUGAGUGGUACUGGGAAUGUCUUCUACGACCGUGGUUUUACAGGGUUCUUGCAGUUGUUUUGGCCACGUUCUCUGUAAUUGUCGUAUGGUCAGAGUGCACGUUUUUCAGCACAAGGCCGGUUUUAUCACUCUUUGCAGUUUUCAUACAGCUGGCGGAAAGGACAUACAAUUACAUAUACAUUGAGAUGGCCUGUUUUCUUACCAUCUUUUUCCUCAGUAUCUGUGUUUACUCCACUGUCUUCAGAAUCCGCGUAUUUAACUAUUACUACUUAGCUUCACAUCAUCAAACAGAUGCAUAUAGUCUCCUUUUCAGUGGCAUGUUAUUUUGCCGUCUUACUCCACCAUUAUGCUUGAACUUUUUGGGCUUGACCCAUAUGGAUGCAACAAUCUCUCACAGAGAUGCUCAACCAACUGCUUACACAUCAAUAAUGGGAUCAAUGAAAGUGCUGUCCUUCAUUGCAGAUGGAUUCUAUAUAUAUUACCCAAUGCUUGUUGUCAUUCUCUGUAUUGCCACGUACUUUAGUUUAGGAACUCGCUGUUUGAAUCUUCUGGGUUUCCAACAGUUCAUGGGAGACAGUGAAAUGACCUCUGAUUUGAUUGAUGAAGGAAAAGAGUUAAUCCGAAGAGAGAAGAGAAAACGGCAAAGGCAGGAAGAAGGUGAAAACAGAAGAAGGGAAUGGAAAGAGCGGUAUGGAAAUAGAGAGGAUUCCACUAGAAACAGGGUUGUCCACACAGAGCAAAAAGAAUCCAGCUUCUCAGAGACCAAUACGAAUAGACCACUAUCGAAGUACACCCGAACAAAUGGUAGGACUGAAAGAGACAGAAUAGAACUUCUUCAGGAUGCAGAACCCUUGGAUUUUAAUGCAGACUCGAUUAAUGAUGACCCUCUUGAAUCGGACUCUGGAAGGUACCAGCCUGGUGGAAGAUAUCUGUCAAUGUCUCGAAGCAGAAUAUUUGAGGAUGUCUAAUCUAAAUCUAAAGAAAAUUCAUAGUCAAUCUGUUUCCUACUCACUGCUUGGAAAAUACUGUAUUUACAAUGUAUUAGUGAACCAGAAAAGACCAUUUUUGUUUUAUAAAAAAAAAAUGAAGAAACAACUCUAUUUUGGAAAUGUGUCUGUAUGAUAACUUUACCAUUUAUGACAAGAAUAUUCUUCUUUUAUUGUAGAUGUUAUUGUGUAUCCAUAUGAGCUUUUUGUAAUGACCAAAAGGAGAAAAAUAAUAAUUAAAUUAGUAGAGAAUAAAUUUCAUUAAAAAGGCUCAACUUGAAUUUAAAUAUAUAAGCUUUAGAAUGAACAUUUUUUGGAAGGAUUUUUUUGUAUAGAAGAAGAUGCUAUGAGAAAAUCUUGAUGCAUCCAAAGUACAGUUAUAUCAAUUACAAUAGUAAACACUUUCUAAAUUUUCUGUUUAAACUUUUACGACUAGUGCAAAAUUUACUGAUUUAAAUUGAGUCUUCUUUUGGCUUGAGUGGUCUUUAGAUCAGACCCUAUAUGAGCAGAAAGACUGAAUGGCAGGCUGUCUUCAUAAAUCUUGCUAGCAUCAGUUUUAGAACAAGAAAGAUAAUAUUUUCCAAUGUUCAAGGCCAGGCUGGAUGGGGCCCUGGGCAAGUGGGUCGCAACCAUGCCCAGGCAAGAGGUUGGAUGGUCUUUAUGGUCCAACACAAGCCAUUCUAGGAUUCUGUGUGUGUGACUAGAUGAAUAUGGAUGAAGAUUUCACUGUCAUAUGAAUAUAUGUGCAAUAGCAAGGAAACAUUAUCAAAGACAUGAUGUCUGCUUAAGAUUUUUACAGUUUCAACUGUUGAAAAACCUUGGCACACUAAUGUUUUGGGGUGUUUUUUUUAAGCAUAAAAGAAAUCUAAUGUGAAUAAUGAGUUAUGCAAAUAAUUCUUUUCAGAAUUCAGACUUCGGACACAGCUUAAAAUUUUUGAGUGUUUCUUUAGAGGGGAAAUACAUAACACGACUAGAUAAUGAUGAACACUUAAUAUCCCAAAUGCCCUGUUUGCAUUAUGUAUCAGUUUUUAAGGUGCCUGUAUUUUGCAGUAAGUUGUUGCAAAAAGAAUAAAUGCAUAUUCAUUUAAAUGCCAUUCAAAAAUGCCAAUUAUUAACUAUGUAGAAAUGCUUCUAUUUAAUUGGUGUAGAUACGUUUUAAGCUGUAGUUAGUCAAAUGAACUUUCAAGUGUAAUCAUAAGGUAAAAGAUGUAGUCAUACUCACGAUAUCUUGAGAAAUUUGAUCAACUUAAAAUGCUGCUUUUUUGGAAGUUGUUGUAUAUCCUUGCACUUGGGAGUUUUCUUUUGAGCUUAUUGCAAAAUGAUGAUGAAAAUGGAAAGAGAACAUGCUUCCGUCAUAAAUUCUAUAUCAUGCUUAAAAAGACAGACAUUCAUUAAAGCAGCUAAGACUGAUAUAGUCUGAAAAGUAAACUUUCAUGAACUACAUAUUCUACUAAUUUUUAGAAGUAGUCUUUUUCUGAAGUAACUGUUAAUGGGGAUCUAAUUCUACCUCCUGUGUUUUAGUACUUUAUGUGUUCUAACAGUAGUGGUAUUUAUGAUGUAUUGAUCUGCCUGUUUUAAUAAAACACUGUAUUGCUAUUAUGAAGGAGGAAUAAUACUUGUAUAGAAAUAAUUAUUUAAAUAAAAGGGCAGACAUAAAGUAACCCUCAGUUCUGAGGUGAAUACACUGAAUUACAGCCAUGCUCAAAUGUACCCAAGUUCAUGCAAUUUCUACAUUACAUGCAAGAGAACACUUUUUUAGUUUGGGUAUUUUGUGUCUUGUAAAAGCUUGAUCAAAACCUCAUGGCUGUAUCAGGGAAUGAAAGUCAAGAAAAUAAGACAUUUGGUUUUGGAUGCAAACUGUUCUUUAGCAACUUUGUGAUGUUACAUAUUUAAUUUUUAUUAGAUACACUUAGAAAUGCUAUUAUUAAUCCAGCCUGAUCUGAAAGAGGUUGUAUAUGUUUUUGGACAUCCAUCAACAAUUAAUGUUUCUGGACUUUACAUUUCUAUUUUUAUAGCUUAUAUAUCAUCUAACUGCCCAAAAGUUUAUUUGUAAAAAUACACGGAUGAAGUAAGGUGUAAGUUCUUUAUUUAACUCUUGAAAUGUCACUACAAAGGGAUCUAAUUCAGUGCUAAUGGAAAAAUCACAAAAGGAAUGCGUAUUUUUCUGAGCUCUUGUGAAGUAUUCGUAUCUAGCUGCUAUUGACUUCAGAGUAUUGAAUAAGCCUUCUCAGGGCAUGAUUUUUCCACCCUCAGACAUCUGUGGAAUGGUUGCUAACAGAAUUUACAAUUGAAACUUGUUGAGGAUUGUAUAUACAAAAGCUAACUAGUCCCUGACGUAAGACUUCUGUGCGGUUUUCCUCAGGAUACAGUAAUUUGAGGAGUUUACUGUAAAUUAAUUGCUGUGGGAAUCUGUCUGCUAAUAUUGAAAUUCUGAGGUCAUUGAGAUGGGAAUCCACUGACCUUUUAUUGUAGUUUCAGUGGAGUAGUAGAGUAACCAAUGUCUGCUUUUUGAAACCACAUGAGAGCUUCUAACAUAGCUCAGGAGUUCUCUCUGGAUUGUGCUGACAGAUCCCCAGUGUCACAUACCACCUAGAUGCUAAAAAUUUAAAUAAGGAGUUGAUAAGUGAUGUCAUCCAUGUGAUGUUUCAUCCAUGUAUUCAUUUCUGACUAACAGUUGUUACUCUUGCUCUAAGUGCAAUUUGUAGCUAAUUAGUGUUUCAAAAAGUAAUUGUAAGUUCCUAUGACUAAAUCUGAAAAACUUUCAACUAAGAAUGACUGGUUACAAUAAAAAAAUGUUACAGAACCAAACUAUAUACCUGCACAACAUUUGCUGUGUACUUGAGCUCAUUGCAGACUAAUUUGGUUACUGCUUAUAAAAAUAAUACAGAACUUGCGUGGGGGAUAAGUAAGUGCCUGAAGAUUUGCCCUAACUCCUAGCUAGAUUGUGGCAUCCAUUGCUGAGUUCCUUGCUACUGCAGUUGUACUCUAAAAGUAGCCUAUCUUAAAAUAAAUAAAUAUAAAUAAAUAAACUAAAGCCAGCUUUGGCAUGUUUAAGCAGUGAUUGUAAUGUAUGUUAAUGUUUUUCUUGCAGCACAUUUGGUGCUCCAGAUUAGAUGAUUUGGAGUAUAACUACCUUACAAAGUGUGCUUUUGGAAACAGAAUGUUAGUUUAUUAAUUCUGUUGGUAUAUAGUCAUGUUUAUUUGCAACUAAAGAGUGUCAGUUACUACUUUCCUUACAAUUUCACUUUUUGAAUUACUGAGCAGCUAGAGCAUACUUCCUAAGUUGUGAACACCACACGCACAUAAAAAUGGCACCAGACAGCCAACCAAGCUUGUAAAACAAUUGAAAGAAUCCACGUAAAUUGUCACAAACUUUGAAAAGUGGGAGUGAGAACAGUAACUACUUUGACACUGUCAGUGCUGGAUUUCUUAAAAAGUGCGGAUAGCAAAAACCUCCAGUCAAACUUAUUGUUCCUGCUAGAUCUGUGAUUCUGUGUUUUCAGGCAUUUAAGCAUGUACAUGUUCUGCUAAUUUAUGUAUAUUGGGAAUGAGCCCUCUGCACUUUAAGGCACAGAUCUUAGUGAUGUAAAGUGAGGAAUAAUUUUUAUGAGAGAAUAUAGAAGACAUUGAGCUUCUAGUCUGUGCUAACAAGUGACAAUUUGGGCAUACUAUGAUAUAUUCUGUCAUUUAGGUAUGGCAACAAACUUUGUACUACUGUAACUUCACUGCUGGAAAAAUCACAGUGUAAAAUAUGUCUGUGUUUUGCGGUCAAGCACUUGUAAAAUAAAUUGUCAUUAGCAGUAUUAAUGGGAAUGGUGGAAAGCUGCUAUCUGUUCAAUAUUCUUGCUAUUUUAAAACACAAUCAUGAUGAUUUUUAGAUACGAAAUAUUAACAGUGGUUACUCUGAUUUUCAGUAAUUAUGAUAAUUCUCAUUUUAUUAAAUUUAUCUCAGAAUAUUGCAAAUGUUAAAUGAAAAAUAUAUUAUUUCUUCCAAUUUUCAUUACUGCUGUUAAUUACUUGCAGUCUGAGGGGAUUUACAAUACCAAAUAGAGAUCAUUUUAUGAAUGAAUACUUUCUAUGAUGCUUCUUAAGGAAAUCUGCCUAUUCAUAACAGAGAAGUGUUUCCAUCUUAAUAAUUAAAAGAAAUGCCACUCAUUUCAUAUAUUGUCUCCUAGCUUCUAAUUUUUGUUUUAGCAUUCAGAAAAUGAUAGAUUUUUUACAGAGCAACUUACUGAUGUAUCUUGUAAACCUUUUGAAAUUUUUACUUUCCUUUUCCCGAAUGAACUCUGCAGGAAUAUGCUGCUUCACCGCAGUUCUUUUAAUAUUAUCCGUGCCUCUAAUUAAGUAGUCUAAUCUGAAGCUGAGACACUCCUACACCAUUUGAUUAUGUUGACAGAAACCCAGCAUCCCUAGCAGAAUAGCACCUUGAACUAGAUCCCUUUCUAGUAUAUGGAUUGCUGUCAUUGAUUAUCUUGUAUUACAUUUGGUACCUUCUGUUUCUGUUGUACUUUAAUCCCAGUCACACUUGUUCUUUGUCUCCAUUAAAUGCACUGGAAUGUAUUCCUCAGCAUGCUUAAUUUUGUGUGUGUGUGUUUUAGCUGUAAUUGACAGGCAAUAAUAAUAUGCAACUUCAAUUACUUCUUCACGAUAAUGUUGUUAUAUUUGACAUUCCUGUGAAUUAUAAUAGUUUAAGUGUGAUAUCUUAACUGUCACUGUAGGAACUAUUUUCUUUAAGAGAUCACCUUAAACUCCUAUGGAAGUGUCUGGAAGACAAGGGAAAUAAUUUUCAAGUAUGGCUUUAGUAACAGAAAAUGUUUAUUCUCCAAUGUAUAUCAAGGGUAGGCUGUAGGAGUGCUGCUUAUGGAUAGACUAGCUUCUUUUGCCUUAUGAUACAAGUAUGUGUGCAUAAAAUGUUGUUUUAAAAUUCACUGAGUGAGUUAUAAAUUUUUCUGUGUAGUAUUUAAAUUAUCGAUGUACUGGAUAUAUUUUUGAAACGUGUUAAAAUCAAGGAGUCAAUGAGUUAAGCUGGCAUGAAAUAAAUCAUUUCUGCAAUA